GAUAGUUUCAAGGCUCGGCCGUCGCCAGUGAGGAGUAAACAGAUUGCAACAAAAAUCUGCUCGAAGCACCUCAAGACACACGAUGGUCCGUUACGCUGGAGCCGCCCUCGCCACCAACCCCGCCACCACCUCCCGCGCACGGGGGUUGAAGCUCACCAAGGCGUACACCUACCUGGCCGAUGUCAAGGAGCACAAGCAGAUCAUUCCCUUCAGGCGCUUCGCAGGUGGUGUUGGGCGGGCUAGCCAGGCAAAGCAGUUCAAGGCGACGCAAGGUCGUUGGCCCGAAAAAUCCGUCAAGUUCAUCUUGCGCCUGUUGAAGAACGCCGAAUCGAACGCUGACGCGAAAAACUUGGAGCUGGAGGACUUGUACAUCAAAAACAUCGUUGUUCAGCAAGCCCCGAAAACCCGCCGCCGCACUUACCGUGCCCACGGUCGAAUCAACCCUUACCAGGGCCACCCGACACACAUUGAGAUCAUCCUCGCUGCUGCCGAGACGGAGGUGGAGAAGGCCACCGACAAGUCGACCUCCCUGGCGGGCUUGAACCGGAGACAGGUUGCACGGAAGCGGAUCGAGGCUGCCCGCGAGUAAUUUCCCGAUCUUCUGUGUAGUUUCUGCGUCAUGCAUUCUCAUGAAUACUAUGCCCCAUGCUAUGAUGCGAAGUUUCUGUAUCAU